CGCGUCACCAUUGACGGCUAUAGCUGUCGAUCACUGGGUCCCGCCCGGAGAAUCCCCGCCGGCACCUGGUGAUUGCCAAAGAACACUGACUGGGGAGACGUCUGUAUAUAAACAAUACAGACCUCUCCCCUGUCAGCACCAGCAUGCUGCUUUGUAUCGCUCUGCAUAGCAGAGCGAUGGUAAAGCACACACAGCACACAUAGUAAAACACAACACAGCAAACAGUUAACCCUUUGAUUGCCCCAGAUGUUAACCCCUUCCUGCCCAGUGUCAUUAGUACAGUGUCAGUGCUUUUUAUUAGCACUGAUCACUAUGUUAGUGUCACUGGGGAUGACAGUGGCAGUUGGUCAGUUCCCCCUCCACGUCAGAAUGCCUGCCACAGUCCGGCAGUCUCGCUAUAAGUCGCUG